AUGAGUGCUAUUAUCUCAACUGCCCCCUACAAGUGCCAGUUUAAUCAGCAAGGCAACAAACCUGGAACGAAUGAAUGCCAGGGUCCAGAUGCUGUCGUACAAGGUGGCAUUACCGCCGCCAUGCCCGGAGGUUCCUGGCUUGGCGCUCUCAUCUCCGGUGUCCUUACGGAUAUGUUUGGUCGAAAGACGUCUAUUCAGAUUGGUGCUAUUAUUUGGAUAAUCGGUUCUAUCAUUAUUUGCGCUGCCCAAAACAUCCCAAUGCUUAUCGUCGGUCGUAUCAUCAACGGUAUCAGCGUGGGUAUCUGCUCGGCUCAGGUUCCGGUUUACAUCUCCGAGUUGUCGCCGCCGUCUAAGCGAGGUCGAUUCAUUGGAAUGCAACAAUGGGCCAUCACCUGGGGUAUUGCGAUCAUGUUCUUCGUAUGCUACGGUUCCAGCUUCAUUGACGGAGCCGCCGCUUUCCGUCUCCCGUGGGGUCUGCAAAUGAUUCCAGCUAUUCUACUCUUCUUCGGCUUAACAGUUCUCCCCGAAUCGCCUCGUUGGUUAGCGAAGCACGAUCGUUGGGAGGAGGCUAAAGAAGUGCUCAUUCUAGUCCACGGCCAAGGAAACCCCGAUUCUCAAUUGGUCGCCAAGGAGAUGGCUGAAAUUAAGGAAGCAGUCGACUUUGAGCGCCAGAAUGCAGAUGUGUCUUACCUAGAGUUGUUCCGUCCCAAGAUGAUCAACCGAACUCACAUUGGUAUCUUCACUCAGAUCUGGUCGCAGCUUACCGGCAUGAACGUCAUGAUGUACUACAUUUCCUACAUCUUUACGAUGACGGGCUCGGGUGAUGAUGUACUACUACCUAGCGGUAUCCAGUGGGGUCGUCGUCCGACUAUGCUUAUCGGUGCGUUCUUCAUGUGCCUCUGGCUCUGCAUCAACGCUGGUUUGUUUGCCGUGUAUUCGCACGCACCUGCCCCUCACCAGUUCGAUACUGCUGCCAUCUCUAUGGUCAUUAGUGGAAGACCCGCCAAGGCUGUGAUCGCCAGUACCUACCUAUUCGUGGCAUCCUACGCGCCGACAUGGGGACCUUGCUCUUGGACUUACCCAGCUGAGCUUUACCCGCUUCGCGUGCGUGGCAAGGCUGUUGCUCUUGCUACGUCUGCUAACUGGGCCUUCAACUUUGCGCUCGCGUACUUCGUCCCCCCCGCGUUCGCUAACAUCACCUUGGCAGACACCUCCAACAAGACUCUUGAGGAAGUCGCCGCUACCUUUGAGGAUGACGGCCCCGGUUCUAUCAAAUAUAUUGGUGUCCCGGCUUGGAAGACCCACAACGAUCGUUCCAUUCUCCGUAUCGAACGCAACCUCGUCAGCUCCGAAGAAAAGAUCGGCAUUGAACAUUCAACUUCGGCUAAGAUCUAG